ACCCCUCAAUCAGUUCUGGACAGUUCCUGGAAGCUUGCUCAACUCUACUCCUUCACUGGCUAUUCCAUCCUUCAUUUUUCCAAGUCAGAUCUUCGCCCCUUUUUUUCCUCUUCUGAGUGGGGUAGUUCCUGUGCUGUGUACCAUUCCUACAAUUGGCUGAAUUUCUGCCAUUUGGCCAUUAUUUUUCCUUUUGUUUUCUUUUGGCCUGAGAUUUCUUCAUCUCCUUUUGUUUUAACUUUCCCCUUUUUUCCAUUGGUUGUUUUGUGGCUCGUCUCUCUUUUCAUCUCGUUGGCUGUGUUUUCGCUCUUGUCGUCUGUUACCCACACCAUGGCCCGUCCUCUGGCUCUGGAGCCGAUAAGAGGGCAUUUGGGUGUUAAGAGUUCCCUAAAUGGGAGUGCAGACUUUGACAGACUUAGUUUUAUGGGGGAACAGCAUCCUCCACCUCCCCUCCACAGUUACCUGUGGCUAACAAUCCUCACCUGCUUCUGCCCCGCGUACCCAGUCAACAUUGUAGCUCUGGUCUUUUCAGUACUGUCCAGGAAAAGUUAUGAGUUGCAAGACUAUGACGGCUCGCGACGACUCGGUCAGAAAGCUCUCCAAGUGGCCAUCGCCUCCAUCAUCAUCGGCCUCCUCAUCAUCGCCAUAUUUAUCAUCGUUCACUUCACCACGUAUAAAUUGUAGAAGAGUUGCGCGGUAUGCCUGGAAAAAGCCAAACAAAGUAAAAGUCGCUCUCAAAGACAUGGACUAUGGACACCUCUCUGAAUGGACUAUGACAAGGGUUCUGGGGCCCCGGAUUUGGCAGUAAUCUCCAUCCUCAAGAAUGGGAUUCCACUCCAGGUGUGGUAUCCAUCUUUUCUUGCCGUCACACAUGCUCCACACCCAGCCUUUCUACUCUUUUAUCUGGGAGAAGAACUUAAGAAGCAAGACUCUGCUUUUGAAAGACUGUAUGGAACACUGACCUCUGGAUCACAUGAUUACCCACAGCACAAACCUCGCGCACGCACGCACGCACACAGACACACACACAGUUUUGUAUUGCUAUCUUUGUGGGGACCAAAUAAUUGAUUCCCAUCCAAAAUCCUAUUUUCCCUCACUUCUAAAUAUAAUUCUAACCUCAACCUUAAGCCUAACCUUAACCCCAAACCCUAAAACUAUACCUAACCCUAACUCCUAACCCUAAUUGGAACACUAACCCUAAUUGCAACCCUAACGCUAAACCUAAACCCUAAAACUACAAUAGCGUUUUUCCUCGUGGGGACCAGCAAAAUGUCCCCACUUGUCUGAAUUGUCCUUGUUUUACUAUCCUUCUGGACUUCUGGUAACUUCUGGUAAAUAAACACACAUACACACAUAUUAUAAGAGGAAGAAACACCUGCCCAUUCCUGUGUGCAGUUAUUGAUAAUGUGGGCUGUUGGGCAAGUGAACAAUUACUUUUUGCAGCGGUAACUGUGUGGUCACUGUAGCACUAACAUGCUGACAAUUACUGUAUUUAUGGUGCUUUCAAGACAACCGGGAACUCUGGAAGAAUUAGGUCAAAUCAUGAUAUCAUGGAUUUUCAGGUCGGAUAGUCAGAGUUCUAGAAGGAUCCCAGAGUUUCCGAAUUGGAAUUCCGAGUUGGAUGACCAUUCAAAACUAUUUUCCCAGUCGGAGCUAUUUUUUCCCAGCUGUCUUGAAUGCACUGAACUGAAGUUGGAAGUAGGAGAUUUCCAAGUACCCAGUUGUUCUGAACGUGGCAUUAUUGUGCCACUUGGGAUGUUUGAUGUGUCAAUCACGUAACUGUCGAGUGUUUACUGUCAUAAAUGUCUUUCGCUUUUUUACUUGAUAUUACAUCUGCCAAAUAUGUACAGUGCAUUCUGAAAGUAUUCAGACCCCUUCCCUUUAUCCACAUUUUGUUAUGUUAAAGCCUUAUUAUAAAAUGUCCUCCUCAAUCUACACACAAUACCCCACUAUGACAAUACGAAACAGGUUUUAUUUUUGCAAAUGUAUUACAAACAAAAAUCAGACCUUAUUUACAUAAGAAUUCAGACCCUUUGCUAAGAGAUUCAAAAUUGAGCUCAGGUGGAUCCUGUUUCCAUUUAUCAUCCUUGAGAUGUUUCUACAACUUGAUUGGAGUCCACCUGUGGUAAAUUCUAUUGAUUGGACAUGAUUUGGAAAGGCACACACCUGUCUAUAUAAGGUCCCAUAGUUGACAGUACAUUUGAGAGCAAACACCUGUCUAUAUGAGGUCCCACAGUUGACAGUGCAUGUCAGAGCAAAACUAAGCCAUGAUGUUGAAGGAAUUCUCUGUAGAGGUCCGAGACAGGAUUAUGUUGAGUUACACAUUUAGCGAAGGGUACUAAAAGAUGUCUGCAGCAUUGAAGGUCCCCAAGAACACAGUGGCCUCCAUCAUUCUUAAAUGGAAGAAGUUUGUUACCACCAGGACUCUUUCUAGAGCUGGCUACCCGGCCAAACUGAGCAAUCUGGGGAGAAGCGCAUUGGUCAGGGAGGUGACUAAGAAUCUGAUGGUUACGCUGACAGACCUGAGUUCCUUUGCGGAGAUUGGAGAACCUUCCAGAAGGACAACCAUCUCUGCAGCACUUCACCAAUCAGGCCUUUAUGGUAGAGUGGCCAGACGGAAGCCACUCCUUAGUAAAAGGCACAUGACAGCCUGCUUGGAGUUUGCCAAAAGGCACCUAAAUGACUCUGACCAUGAGAAACAAGAUUCUCUGGUCUGAUGGAACCAAGAUUGAAAUAUUUAGCCUGAAUGCCAACCGUUACAUCUGGAGGAAACCUGGCACCAUCUCUAUGGUAAUACAUAGUGGUGGCAGCAUCAUGCUGUGGGGGUGUUUUUCAGCGGCAGGGAGAGGGAAACUAAUCAGGAUCGAAAGAUGAAUGGCGCAAGUACAAAGAGAUCCUUGAUGAAAACCUGCUUCAGAGCGCUCACGACCUCAGACUGGGAGCAGACAGUUCACCUUCCAACAGGACAACGACCCUAAGCACACAGCCAAGACAACACAGGAGUGGCUUUGGGACGAGUCUCUGAAUACCCUUAAGUGGCCCAGCCAGAGCCCGGACUUGAACCCGAUCAAACAUCUCUGGAGAGACCUGAAAAUAGCUGUGCAGCGACCUUACCUAUCCAACCCGACAGAUCUGGAGAGGAUCUACAGAGAAGAAUGGGAGAAACUCCCCAAAUACAGAUGUGCCAAGCUUGUAGCGUCAUACCCAAGAAAACUUGAGGCUGUAAUCGCUGACAAAGGUGCUUUAACAGAGUACUGAGUAAAUAAUACUCAUGUAAAUGUGAUGUAAGUUGUUUAUUAUUUUACACAUUUAAAAGCAAAAACCUGUUUUUGCUUUGUCAUUAUGGAGUAUUGUGUGUAGAUUGAUGAGGGAAAAAACGAUCGAAUCAAUUUUAGACUAAGUCUGUAACGUAAUAAAAUGUGUAAAAAGUCAAGGGGUCUGAAUAUUUUGCCAAUGCACUGUAUGUGUAGGAGUGUUUUCUUGUCAUGUAAAAAAAAAAUAAAAAAAAAUAAACAGAAUGACAGUACAGGAAUAACAACUUUAUACCGACAGAAUGUAACAUAUUAGAAUAGCUACAUAAUAAAGUUGAAUUAGUAACAAAUUUCUUUAAAAAAAACAAGAUUUGGGUUUAUGUUCAUGUUUGCCAUUGACAGGGCAUAUGAAGGGUUUAGGAGUUGUUCUGAGAGUUGUUUAGUUUUGGUCACAGAUAGCUCAGGUUGAACACAGAUGGUCUUAAUUACUGCCCACAACCUGCUCUGGCCCUCAUUCACCCAUCUCCCAUUCCCCCUGGCUCUCCCCUAGUCCCCUGCAAUCUGCCGAGUCGGAAGGAUCCUGUAGUUUGAUAUGUAACAGUAUCGCCCAUCACUGGCUAAAUAUAGGGACAGAUGUCCCCCUGUGUGCUGGUGUUGGGCUGCAUGACACGCUAGCCUGCUGUGUUCUGCCAAGUGUAGCUCACAUGGACAAGAGCUGACUCAGCUACUACCUGUUGAGUCCCACUAUCACACUGGCGCGUUUUGGACUAACCCCUUUUAAACAUUGUGUGUUUGAGCUACAGUCUUCCAGUUGUACCAUUGGAUUUGUCUAUUCUUCUGUAUCCGCUGAUACCAACCAUUAGUAUGUGUGAUUAACAGGGACUGAGUUAGAGCAGUGAUUGUGAGACAAGCGCAGAAGGGGUCCGAGGCGGGGUCAAGGGGCGGUUCUUCUCAUAAAAAACGUCUGUAGAGUCCGAAUGGUGAACUACAAACUAUUAUGAACCAUCUAUGAAGAGCUGAGACUCUGACGUUUUGCUCUAUGGCGCUCACAAGCUACACACCAGUCCUUAGAAGGUAAGGGGUUCUUCAACAUAGAAGAUCAUAGGAAAUCCCAGGAAAUAAUGUCUAUAGUACUGUAAUAAGCUCACAUAGUUGCUGUAACAAACUCCGAAAUCCACACAGUUGUCACUGACUAGUUGGACAUUCAUUACCCACCGAGUAAACAAUUUCUGUACUUACGGCAUUCUUAUAAAUUCAUUUUUUUAUUCGGUUUUUGCUUGGCAGGCCUUAUUUGUUUAUUGACAUUUGUCAAUAAAACUCAUGAAUGCAA